AGACUGGGAUCUGCCAUGCAGUUGGCCAUUGAGAAAAUAGAUUCAGACCCUGUUUUCAUGCUAAACUACACGUUGGAUUUUGUGUACGCUGACAGUGAAUGUGACCCCAAGGUAUCCAUAAACGCGUUCAUCAGCCAAGUGCAGAAGUACAAUAUUUCAGCGCUCUUUGGGCCAGGCUGUUCUGAGGCAGCAGAGAUUACAGGUCUGCUAGCCUCUCAAUGGAACAUCCCCGUCUUUGGAUUUGUGGACCAAACACCUACAUUAAAUAAUUUCCUUGUGUAUGACACUUACAUGAAACUGCUGUCUCCACCCCAAAGGAAGGCUGAUGUCCUUACCAAAACGUUACAGUUCUUUGGCUGGAAGUACAUUGCCCUUAUUGGAGGUACUGCCAGUGAUUCUACAUGGGACAAAAUUGACGAGCUAUGGGAAAUUGUGGUAAAAAUGUUGGAAACAAACUUCAUCGUCACGGCUAAAGCCAAAUAUGACACCAGCAACUCAGCCCUUCAUCAGGAAAAUCUCAAGCAAAUUGCCACUGUAGCUAGAAUUGUCAUUUUAAUUUGUACUCCUGAGGUGGCAAGAUCUAUAAUGUUGGAAGCUCAGCAGCUUGGCAUGACAAGUGGCAAAUAUGUGUUUUUUAUACUGCAGCUGUUUGAAGAUAACUUUUGGAAAUCUGCUUCAGUGGAUGGGAAAGAUGAAACCUUGAAUGCAUACAAAUCGGUAUUUCUGAUUGCACUGAAGUCCUACAGUGAAUAUGGCUACUUCAACUUUCUACAAGAAGUGUACCAACGAUUAAAAGGAGCCCCUUUUUACAGUGAAUUGUCUUCAGAAACAGAGGUAAAUUCCUAUUCAGCUUAUCUUCAUGAUGCAGUGAUGCUGUAUGCCAUGGCUGUUCAGGAAAUGUUAAAGGCAGGAGAGAACCCAUUUGAUGGAAGAGCACUUAUUAAGAAUUUGAAAGGUUAUGGUAAAGGGCGAUUUUAUGGUAUAACUGGCUUGGUAGACAUUGAUAGCUCUGGAGAAAGAUAUAUGGAUUAUUCUGUGUAUGACCUGCAAUCAUAUGAGAACAUCACAAAGUUUAUUCCUGUUCUUCAAUACGACAGCUACAGAAAAUCAAUAAGCUCGACUAAGGAAUUUGCUUACAUUUCAUGGCUGAGUGGAACUCCUGUUAAAGACUACCCCGACUGUGGAUUUUACAAUGAGCUAUGUGAAUUUCUGGUCAAUGAUAACUUCGUUGUGAUAUUAGUUGCUGUUUUGGUCAUGGCUUUUGUUGCAGCUGCUUUUAUUGCCUACUUAAUGGCACAGAAAUGUAAAUCACUAAAUCAGGAUCAGGAUAUAUGGUGGAAAAUAAGAUAUGAAGACAUAACUAUCCUGAAAGAAAACAAGUGCCAUGUUGAUGUAUCAACCAAAGAAGUUGGAAGCAUUGGAUCUAAAACUAUCAUCUCAAGCCAUCAGAAUUACGGUUUCAGAGAUAAACUUGGAAACAGAGUAGUUUAUUCCACAGUCGGCCUUUAUCGGGGAAAUUACGUAGCCGUUAUGUAUCUUGACGGAUCAACAUCUCCCGAUAUGAGCAAGCAAUCAAUACUACAAGAACUGCAGAUGAUGCGAGAACUAAGACAUGAAAAUCUAGUAACUUUCUUUGGUAUAUGUAUAGACGCACUACAAAACUGUAUCAUUUCACAAUACUGCAAAAAGGGAAGUUUAAAGGAUAUCCUGAAAAACACAGAUUUUAAACUUGACUGGACUUUCAAGCUCUCACUUGCUUAUGAUAUAGUAAACGGAAUGAUAUUUUUACAUGACAGUCCACUGAAGUCUCAUGGUAAUUUAAAACCUAAAACGUGUCUGGUAGACAGUCGGAUGCAAGUAAAGAUAUCAGGAUUUGGCCUGUGGGAGCUGCGAUAUGGAUCCAAAAGGGAAGUGAUCACUGCAGAAGAGAUGCACUAUGAAGAGCUGUACUGGACUGCUCCAGAACUGUUGCGACUCAAUGAAUAUCCAUUGAAUGGAACACAGAAAGGAGAUGUAUACAGUUUUGCCAUUAUUAUAAGAGAGCUGCUGUAUCAUGGGGAUAAGGGGCCCUUCCAUGAUUUUCAGAUCAACUCAGAAGAAAUUAUUAAUAGAAUCAUAAACCCUGUGACAUUGCUGAGACCUACGUUGUCAUCUGAAAAAUGCAAUGAACAGAUCGCCACCCUGCUGGAUGCCUGCUGGGCUGAAUGUGCAGACAGGAGACCAACAUUUCAUUCAAUCAAACAAACACUGCGAAAAGCAAGUCCAGAAGGUGAAGUAAGCAUUCUAGACAACAUGGUAGAUAAACUGGAAAAAUAUGCUAAUCAUCUAGAAGAAGUGGUUGAAGAAAGGACAAACCAACUAAUGGUGGAGAAGGGGAAGACAGAUCAGCUCCUGUCCAACUUGUUGCCAAGGUUUAUUGCUGAACAGCUCAUGCAAGGAAAUCCUGUGGAGCCAGAAUUCUUUGAAUGUGUUACUAUCUUCUUCUCGGAUAUUGUUGGCUUCACGAACUUGUGCUCCAUCAGUACUCCGCUGCAGGUUGUGGAUAUGCUCAAUGAUCUGUACAGUCUAUUUGAUGACAUUAUAAAGUCUUACGAUGUAUACAAGGUUGAAACAAUAGGCGACGCUUACAUGGUAGCAAGUGGACUCCCCAUUCGCAAUGGAAUGCAGCAUGCUGGGGAAAUCGCCACAAUGUCUUUACAUUUUCUCAGCACCAUUGUGACCUUUAAGAUACGACACACAGAUAAUGUGCAACUCAAACUUCGAAUUGGCCUAAACACAGGUCCAGUAGUUGCCGGUGUAGUUGGAACAACUAUGCCCAGAUACUGUCUGUUUGGAGAUACUGUCAAUGUAGCAUCAAGGAUGGAGAGCAAUGGUUUACCCUUGAAAAUACACAUAUCACAGAGCACCGCUGAAGCACUGAGGGCAUUGGGAGGAUACGAUCUAGUGGAAAGAGGGACAAUUAAAGUGAAGGGGAAGGGAAAUCAAGCAACAUACUGGCUAAGAGACAAAGAGGGAUUCAACAAGCCUUUGCCAAAAUUAGAUUUCAAUAUAGGAGAAGAUUUAAAGGACUCGUUGGAGGAGAAGAAUGCUUAUGACAUGGCAGAGCAUGUGAGGACUGGCAGCAGCCAGGCGCAGAUCGCCAUUCUUAGCUGCUUCGAGCAGGAGGCCCUGGAUCUGGAGAGGUGCCAUGCACCAAGGGCCACUGGUGUUGGUGAGGCUGGGGUGCCAAGCCAGCAUCACUGGAGCAGGGCCGAGAGGAGGAGCAGCGGAGGCCCCCGCUCACACCUGAGGGGCCUGAAGUCUCAUCAGAGUCACACCAUUUCUGCGAGGCAGGCACCAGCACUUCGGCGGGAAUUCAAACAUCGGCUAGUAUCCCAGGGCACAGUGAAGUAUGAGGAGAAUGAGGCAGAACAAGCAGCAUUUGCAGCAUCACAGGCACCGUGGGAUUCGGCAUCAGACCCUCCAGAAGAAAUGUGUGCAAGGCCUCUCGGAUGCAUCCUCGAAAAGAAUACAGUGAAAGACAAAACCUUCUGAUUGGCACAAGGCAUUCUCAAAGAUGACACGAACACACAAAUAUGUUAAAAACAGAUGAUCAGAAUCCUAAUAGAACAACUUUAGUAGUACUUAUAAAUUGAAUUACUGAUAAUGAUGCAAGUUAUUAUCCUGAAGAACAAAGGCUUAGAAAGAAAUAAUAUAUUUACUAGGAAUUUAUAAUAAUUAGCUUUAUAUGUAAUUAUGAAAGUUAUAAAUACUAAUGUUGCUAAGUGAACAGAUUCAAUGAUCUCAUAUUUGUUUACAGAAUUAAAAGUGUAGAAAACCUGUCUCUUA